GGCAUCACCGGACAGACCCUUGAGCCUGAGAUUGGCGGGAACUCUGUGUUGGGCACAGCUGGUCCACAGUUCAUUGCCUGCCAGGGGCCAAGGGCGGCUCUGACCACCCAAGGACUCUCCCUCCCAACUCAGAUGCUGACAACUGACCUCUGACUCCUGAUCUCUGGCGCCACCUGUCCCACCCUGCUCUUCCUAAGGGGCUGGGAAACCCCUAGAAGCUUCGCUGUAGACGUGGGUGUUGACGCCUGGCUCACCCCGGGAGCCAAGGCCGUGCAGGGGGCUUGGUUCUCAGCCCCCAGCUGGGCCACCAUGGCGCGGCGGCUCCAGGACGAGCUGGCCGCCUUCUUCUUUGAGUACGACACCCCCCGAAUGGUGCUUGUGCGCAACAAGAAGGUGGGCGUCGUCUUCCGCCUGAUCCAGCUCGUGGUUCUGGUCUACGUCAUUGGGUGGGUGUUCGUCUAUGAGAAGGGCUACCAGACCUCGAGUGGCCUCAUCAGCAGCGUGUCUGUGAAACUCAAGGGCCUGGCUGUGACGAAGCUCCCAAGCCUGGGCCCCCAGGUCUGGGAUGUGGCUGACUAUGUCUUCCCGGCCCAGGGGGACAGCUCCUUUGUGGUCAUGACCAAUUUUAUCGCGACCCCCCGGCAGGCCAAAGGCCACUGUGCAGAGAACCCGGAAGGGGGCACGUGCACGAAUAAUAGUGGCUGCACCCCGGGAAAGGCAGAAAGGAAGGCCCAAGGCAUCCGCACAGGCAAGUGUGUGGCCUUCAACGACAUCGUGCAUACGUGUGAGAUCUUUGGCUGGUGCCCCGUGGAGGUGGAUGACAACAUCCCAUGCCCUGCCCUUCUCCGAGAGGCCGAGAACUUCACUCUCUUCAUCAAGAACAGCAUCAGCUUUCCACGCUUCAAGGUCACCAGGCGCAACCUGGUGGAGGAGGUAGAUGCCGCCUACAUGAAGACCUGCCUCUAUCACAAGACCUUGCACCCACUGUGCCCAGUUUUCAAGCUCGGCUAUGUGGUACAAGAGUCAGGCCAGAAUUUUAGCACCUUGGCCGAGAAGGGCGGGGUGGUAGGCAUCACCAUCGACUGGCACUGUGACCUGGACUGGCAUGUGCGACACUGCAAACCCGUCUAUGAGUUCCACGGGCUGUAUGAAGAGAAAAACCUGUCUCAAGGCUUCAACUUCAGGUUUGCCAGGCACUUCGUGGAGAAUGGGACCAACUACCGGCACCUCUUCAAGGUGUUUGGGAUUCGCUUUGACAUCCUCGUGGACGGCAAGGCUGGCAAGUUUGACAUCAUCCCCACCAUGACCACCAUUGGCUCUGGGAUUGGCAUCUUUGGGGUGGCGACGGUUCUCUGUGACCUGCUGCUGCUCCACAUCCUGCCCAGGAGGCACUACUACAAGCAGAAGAAGUUCAAGUACGCGGAGGACAUGGGGCCAGGGACGGGGGAGCGCGACCCUGCGGCCACCAGCUCCACCCUGGUCCUGCAGGAGAACAUGAAGACGUCCUGACCUCCGCCCCCCACUCCUACUGGACACAGUGCCCUUGCCAAGGUUACCAGUGGCAUCCUUGUUGCCAAAUCCAAGCAGACACUUCAGCCCACAUCCUGCUCGGCCUGUCAGCCUCUGACACUGUUGGGUGAGCCCUCCUUUGUUGAAAGAUUUCCUUCCAGCAGCUCCUAGGACCCACCCUCUCCAGAUUUUCCAGCCAGCCUGGGGUGUAGGGAUAAGAUAGUUUUCGAUUGCAGCUCUGUCACUGUGUGUCCUUGGGCAAGUUGCUUAACUCUCCAAGCCUCCUCUGUGAGUCAGGGAUAAUAAUAGCCUCUACUCAGGUUGGGGUAAGAUAAGAUACGUAAAGUACCUAGCACAGAGCCUGGCACACGGUAGUGCUCUGCCCCUGCCUCUAUCCUCUCUUUCAAUGGCGGAGUCAGCUAACUGUCCCCAGGUUCUUGGCUGGGUAUGUGGCUGCCUAGAAUGGAAGCUGCAUUUCCCAGCCUCCUCUUGCCUCUGGGUCUGGUCAUGUGACUAAGUUAUAGCUAAUCGGAUGUAUGUGGAAGUGUCAUGUGACGCCUCUGGGAACUUCCUUAAAAGAGAGCUGGUGCAGAUCCUUGCCCUCUUCUUCUUCAUCCUUGUCUCCAUCCCACUGCCUGGAAUGUGUAUGUGAUGGUUGGAGCUCUA